AGUCCCAGAGAUCUAAACAUUAGCUUCAAUUUUACACUAAAACAUAGCUCUGCAUUAUUGCAUCAGUAAAAUUUGCCUUCCCCUCGAACCAAAACCGAAAAAAGUACACUAGACAAGAACAUUAAUUUCAACAUUUGCAGAGAACCUGUUGGGGUUUGCUUAAAUUUAUUGGUGGGAGUAUAAUUAAACGCUGAAGCCGCUGACGAAGCUCCAAUCUUCUCUGCUAACGCAAAAACAGAAAUGGUGGAGCGCAAGCAUUUUCGCAAGAAGCGGGCAAUUUCAGAAGACGACGAUGACAAUGAAGAAGAUGAAGAUCACAGGAGAUUGGCCUUGGAGGAGAUGAAGCUGUUGCAGAAGCAGCGGGAGAGAAAAUCUGGCCUUGUUGCUGGUGAAUUCAUUGAAGCUGUGAUUUCAAAGAUGGGCGAGAAUGCUAAUAAUAACAAUAAGACUGAGGGUGAAGGGGAAAAGGAGGAGCUUGUUCUUCAAGAUACCUUUGCUCAGGAAACUGCUGUCACAGUGGAGGACCCUAAUAUGCUUAAGUAUGUGGAGCAGGAGCUUGCAAAGAAACGGGGUAAGCAAAUUGCUGGCAAAAAUGCCGAGGAGGAGGUCAAACCCCCAGAGGAUGAUUUGUAUGUUGUGCCUGACCAUCUUAAGGUGAGGAGGAGAAAUUCGGAAGAAAGCUCUACACAAUGGACGACAGGGAUUGCGGAGAUUCAGCUUCCUAUUGAGUAUAAACUAAGGAACAUAGAAGAAACGGAAGCUGCAAAGAAACAGUUACAAGACAAAAGGCCAUUUGUUGGUCGUGGAAGGCCUCAAUCAAGUAUUCCUUCCAGUUACAGUGCUGAUUACUUUCAACGUGGCCGUGAAUAUGCGGAAAAACUCCGAAGAGAUCAUCCAGAACUUUACAAGGAUAGGGAUGCUCAAAAUAGUGCUCGCAUAUCAGGUGAGACUGCUCAAGAAGGAAACAUGGGAGUUAGAAGGCAGGCUGCAACUGAUGAGAUCAUGCUAGAGCGUUUUCGGAAAAGAGAGCGUAGCCGUCUCAUGCGACGUUGAAUUAUUGUCCUCAACUAAUGGAUCAUUUCCCAUAACAAGAUAACUGCUGUGCAGAUAGCGGUAUCUUUGUUUUUGAUGAUUCAUCAGAUGAUUAUCAGCUGCAUGCGUAAAGGAAACUCUUGAUUGCUGCAUGGACAACAAUUCAAUGAACGUGCUUUUGUAGGGUCACAACAUGAUCUGCAACUGAAUUGCCCUUCUAUUAACAAAUAUGUUUAUUGCUAUUUGUUUUACUGGGUGUGGACUUGAUUUUGAAAUUAUGGUGGCAGUUAUCAAAUAACAACAGAACUUUCCUUUGAGCCUGUUUAAAAUUUAAUGUUGUUUGGUUACAUACAACAUCACCUAUCUUUUAUAGCUGAUGUUCUUGCUUAGUGUGUGUCAGUGUGUAUUAAAUAUGCUACUACAAUCCCUAGUAAGAUUUUAGUUGUCAUUUAAACAGGUAUAAAUCAAGCACAGUUAUCACCACAGAACAGAGGAUUUCUAGUAUUGUCUUCAUAAACAGAAGACUCUCAUAUGGUGCUUUUAAUUUGGGAGGUCUUGUUCAGAUUUGCUUUCAUUGUUUUGUUACCCUGGACAUGUCAUUUACAGGAAACACUAAUGCGUAGAUCAUAUUCUUAAGUGAAUGCAUACAGCUCGGUAUCUGCUGCUCUAGCAGUGAAGAUGUAUGCCACUUCUAUGAAAAAAUUCUUCAGCACUAUAUCAGAUUAUAAAAUUUGGUAGGCAUGGGACAUUUAUAAAUUGAUGUAUAAUAUUGAAAUAAAUGAAAGGAAGUUUUGUAAUCUCUUUUUGGAGAUGGAUUUUAAUAAACUAUGGCAUAUGAUAAACUUUUCAA